AUGGGUUGUGGAUCAAGCAAAUAAACAGAAGUGGAUAAUCCAAACAAAAGUAGUUAAAUCCUAUUUUUCCCUUAGUUAAGGAUGUUGCUCACUUCACAAUUUCUUCUCAUGGAAUGGUUGCUGAAAAACAUGGAUCUAUAGCACGUGAUUAUACUCUCCUUAAACCACCCAUAGGAAAAGGUUUAAAUUGAUGAAUAUCAAAGGGGUUUUUGGAGAAGUCAGGAAGGCAAUUCACAAGGUCACAAAUCAAGUUAGGGCAAUAAAAGUAAUUUCUAAAGUUAAGGCAAGCAAAGCAGAGGUGGAGAGAUUGAGAAUAGAGAUUGAAAUCUUGAAAAGAUUAGUAACAAUUGAAUAUCAACAAUAGGAUCAUCCAAAUAUAAUAAGAAUUUAUGAGUUCUAUUAAGAUAUUAAAAAUAUCUAUAUUGUAACUGAAUUAUGCACAGGAGGAGAGUUAUUCGAUAAAAUUUAAGAUCAAUAGGUCUUUUCAGAGAGAAGGGCUGCAGGAACUAUGAAACAGAUACUUAGUGCUGUUAAUUAUCUUCAUAAAAGUAAAAUAGUUCAUAGGUUAAUAAUAUUAAUAUUUGGCUAGAGAUUUGAAGCCUGAGAAUAUUUUAUACGAGUCAAAUAAACCAUAGGCACUAUUAAAGAUUGUUGACUUUGGUGCUAGUAGAGUGUUUGAGUCAGGUUACAAAAUGAAUCAGAAAUUGGGAACAGUAUAAAUCUAAAUUAAUCUUAAGCCAUAUUAUAUAGCGCCUGAAGUUUUGGAGAGGAGAUACGAUGAAAAAUGUGAUGUGUGGUCUUGUGGUGUGAUUUUGUAUAUCUUGCUUUGUGGAUUUCCCCCUUUUAAUGGGGAGACUGAAGAGGAGAUCCUAUAAAGCGUUAGAGAAGAUCAUUUCAACUUUGAUGGUGAAUAGUGGAGUUAGAUUUCUUAAGAAGCAAAAUUACUGAUAACAAAAAUGUUAGAGAGGGAUCCCAAAAGGAGAAUUAGUGCGGAAUAAGCUUAAAGAGACUAAUGGAUAACUACAUAUGUAAAAAAGACUGAGAUGAAUUUAACUUAAUUAACAGAGGUUCUUAAUAAUUUAAGAACAUUCAGAGUUGAGAAGAAAUUCUAAUAGGCUGCAUUAACCUUUAUGGUUAAUUAAAUGGCUACAAGUCAAGAGAAAUAGGAGUUAUUAUAAUAAUUUUAGGCUUUGGAUCUGAAUGGGGAUGGAAGAUUGUCAAAAGAAGAAUUAGUUAUUGGUAUCUCUUAAUUAAUAUUGGCCAGGAUAUUCGAAAGUAAUGAGCUAUACUGAUGCAGAGUUAGAAGUAAAUAAAUUGAUGAAGUAUAUUGAUUAAGAUAAGAACGGAAGCAUUGAUUAUUCAGGUUUAACAUCUAUAUAUAAAUAAAUGUAGAAUUUGUAUUGGCUACGUUUAAUAAAGUGAAACUUAUUGAAGAUUCAAGAUUAGAAUAAGCUUUUAGAAUUUUUGAUAAGGAUGGAAGUGGCUCAAUUUCAAUUGAUGAAAUCAAAGGCAUAUUUGGAUGCAAUGAUGCAGCUGUUAGCGAUGAAGUUUGGAAGGAAUUAUUGGCUGAAGUAGAUGCUAACGGUGACGGUUCUGUAAACCCUUUAUAUAUUUCAAGAUUUCCUUUUAAGAAUUUAAAGAAAUAAUUAUCAAAGCAAUCUACACUAACAGCCCAGAGUAAAGACCUAAAAGUGAUUGA